AUGUACAUGCGUAGGAUCAAAGAGGUAGCUAUGACGAGAUGCAGUGGUAAGAUGCAACCAGGGUGGUUGAAUUGGCUUACCUUUGUGCGGCCGGGGGAUGUCGCAGGGCGAGGGUACAGGGCAGUAUACAAGAGCAGUACAUGCCUGCUGGGCGCCGGGGCAGUGGGAUGUAUGGGAUCGACGGCGGAAAUUUCUCCUGGCUGGUGCGACCACCGAUCGAGUCGUGACAGCGUUGCGGGACUGGCACGCGAAUUGCUACAGGGCUACAGGGCUCAGGGAACACCGGAUCGGACGAGGCCUCGGCCUGCCAGUGGGGAGAGUUUUGCGCAGGCCCCGGGACAAAGCAUGUCUGGUCUGGCUGUUGACGAGCGAGCGAGGACAAGGGACUACACAUAA